CCAAAUUAACAGUAGACUUGCGUAUAAAAAUUUUUCGUCCUGCUUUUUAAUUUUUAGAUUUUAGUAGUAGAUCUCUCUCUUCCUCCUCAAACAAACCCUGUAUAUAUAAUUAGGUUCCACAUAGAUCUCUCUGGAAUCUCUCUCAUCUUCUUUCCUUUCUCUCUCAAGGGUUUUCAUUUUUCAAAUACUAAACCCCCAACCUCUGCGAAGCCAUUUUUGAGAUUUCAAAUUCGCAUAAUUUAUUAUUAUUAAUUUUUUUUUUCUUUUUCUGUGAAAAUUUUCCAUGGAAGAUCGAACCUCUGAUGGCGUUAAAUCGGAGGAGAUCUCCGAAUCUUUUAUAUGCUGCGUUUGCUUGGAUCUUCUUUACAAGCCCAUAGUGCUUUGCUGUGGACACGUUUCAUGUUUUUGGUGUGUGCAUAAAUCCAUGAAUGGUCUGCGUGAGUCACAUUGUCCGAUUUGCAGGAAUUCUUAUAACCAUUUUCCUACCAUCUGUCAAAUGCUUCAUUUCUUGCUCCAGAAGAUGUAUCCUAUCGCCUAUAAGGCUCGGGAAUUGCAAGUUUUAGAAGAAGAGAAGGAAAAUGACUGCUUCUCACCACAGCUUGAUGCUCAUGCACAUAACUUGCAAGCUGAUCAAGAUCUGGAAAACCCUGCAUGCAAGGAAUCUUCUGCAACUAUGAAGCAGUUAGAUUCUAUUUCACAUAUUUCAGAUAAUGGUACAACUGUACCUGAGCAAGGCACCAAUGGAAAUCCAGAAGCAACUGGGAUUGCUAUUGACAUAGACAAGAAUUUCCCUCAAAAUCAACAUAGCGGGAAUUGCAAGCAGAUUUCAGUUGCAGAUGUGCUAUGUGCUGCAUGCAAACAAAUGCUCUUUUGUCCUGUGGUUCUGAACUGUGGUCAUGUUUAUUGUGAAAGUUGUGCCAUUGGCAUUGCUGGUGAAAUGCUUAAGUGUCAAGUUUGUCAAAGUCCACAGCCAAAGGGAUUACCCAAAGUUUGUUUGGAACUUGGUAACUUUCUGGAGGAACAGUUUCCUAAAGAGUAUGCCCUUAGAAGAGAUGCUGUACGGCUCAAAGAGGUUGACUCAAAUCGUGGAUGGCAGACUAAUGGUUCUACUGAAGGUGGUAAACAAGCAGACAUUUUAGCGUGGUGGUCUGAUCCUCAUUCCAAAGUUCACAUGAAUGCUGGUUGCGAUUCUUGUGGGAUGUAUCCAAUUAUAGGGGAUAGAUAUAGAUGCACGGAUUGUGUGGAGAAAAUAGGAUUUGACCUUUGUGGUGAUUGCUAUAAUACUCGUUCCAAGCUUCCAGGUCGCUUCAAUCAGCAGCAUACCCCAGAACACAAGUUUGAGCUUGUACCAUCCAACAUGAUUCGUAAUAUAAUGUUGAGACUAGUAACUGGACCGAUUGAUGAUGGUUCUACUCUGUUGAUCACGGCCGAUGGUUCAGAAAAUUUAGAAGAUUUGUCUUCACCUCCUUCUUUAUCUGGUGUUACAGAGGAAAAUGUUGAGAACAGUCUGGCUAUUCCAGCAACCUCCGGUGAUGGUGCAGAGGAGCAUCAAGAUGAUUCCCAAACCACCGAGUAUUUAAACUGAAAACCCCACAAACAUCUCCUCAUGGGGGUUGGAGCGGAAAGUGGAUUGCUUCUGUAUCCAGUAAAAUUUGCUCACAGCCACUGUACAUGGUAUUUUAUUUUCCAUUUACCUCUGCAAUCCAUUUGGCUGUCGAGCUUGACCGCAUGUAGCCUUCCUGGUUUCUGCGUCUUCAUGUUCAAAGCCCAGAUUCAAGCUGCCUCUGGUAUGUGAGAUUACAUUAGACCUGGUUUCCACAUCAAUGGCAAUGGACGCAGCGGCAAUGAGUUUCGGUGCCUCAAUGUAAAUGGUGCUGUUCUUCACUAGGAUAAUAUUUACGCGAGACUACUGUACAGUUUCUAGAGCUUUGGUUUACUCACAUUGUUUAUUUGCAUAGUAUUAUUUUUUUUAAUAUAUAUUAGUAAAGAGAUAAAAAGAAGAGUUUGUUCAGUGUAAUCUGUCGCUGUAAUGUACAUACUGUAUAAUCUGUAUUUCUUAGUCAAGGCAAUGCAAUGGAUGAGUAAUAUAUAAUAAUCGUCUUGUAUCUUCAGUUUGAA